UGUUUGUUUCGCUGAAUUUCUUAUUAUUUUUUUCUUUCUUUCUUUUCUUUUUCACUUACUUCUUUUAUACAAAAAAAGAACGAUCCUCUAUUGAAAAAAAAAAAUGGGUAAAAGAAAAGUCAAAAGAAAGGCCGUCAAGAAAGUGAAGGACAAGCUGGAUACCCAAUUCAAUUGUUUGUUCUGUAACCAUGAAAAAAGUAUUGAAUGUAAAUUGGAUCAAGCAAACAAAGUAGGACACUUAAAUUGUAAAGUAUGUGAUAUCGCAUGGCAAUGUUCUAUUACUUAUUUAGAUGAACCUGUGGAUGUUUAUUCAGCUUGGAUUGAUGCUUGUGAAGAAGUAAACAAAUCAAAGAAACAGGCAGCAGCAAGAGCAAGAGAGCAAGAACGGGAUCGGGAUGAUGGCAAUCCAACCUAUUCAAAUCAAGUGGAUCAGGGUGACCCUUAUGAUGAUGAAGACGAUGACGAUUAUUGAUACUUCCAGUAAACUUCACUCUGAAUAGAUUAGUAUAGAUACUUUUUUUUUUUUUAUUAUUAUUCGAAUUGCUUUUAUCCCUCCCUCCUUUGUCUACUUUAUUUUUUUUUACCUCUCUUUUGUACAUAUCAAUCCCUUCUAUUACAAAUAAAAAAAAAAACAUCAUUGAUACAAUUUUCACGCGUUUGUUA